CCUUCCAAAUUUCCAAAGAACUUUCCUUUUUUCAAUUUUUUUUCUGGGUUUGGAUUAUUUUCGAAUUUCCCUGAAAUUUGUUGUUUGUUUUUCAAUUUUUUGAUUUUGUGUGUGUGUGUGUGUUUUUAGCAUCGCCGGAAGGAAAUGUCUGUGAAGAGCAGAGGAUGGGGAGGAGAGGUAAUAGUGAGGAAUGUGAUAUCAAGGAACUGGGCUCUUUUGCUUUGCUUCUGCAGCUUCUGUGCUGGAGUUUUAUUUACCAACAGGUUAUGGAUGAUGCCCGAGUCAAGGCCAUCGAGAAUUGGAGCUGAAAAGAUAUUCUCCGAAUCUGAUGCUUUUGAUCAUAAGCUUGUUUUAAAGCACGCGACCAGUGACAAUUCAGCGGAAGCUACUAAUCAAGUGAUUCAGCAGCUAAAUAAAACGAUUUCAGAUUUGGAGAUGAAAUUAGCCGCUGCUAGGGCAACUCAUGAAUCUGUACAUAAUGGAUAUCCUACGUCAGGAAACUUGAAGACUGUUCAAUCAUCUUCCAAAAAAAAGUACUUCAUGUUUAUAGGGAUCAAUACAGCUUUUAAUAGCCGAAAAAGAAGAGAUUCAGUACGUGCAACUUGGAUGCCUCAAGGUGAGGAUAGAAAGAAGCUCGAAGAAGAGAAGGGCAUAAUUAUACGGUUUGUUAUAGGUCACAGUUCGACAGCUGGUGGUAUUCUUGAUAAAGCAGUUGAAGCAGAGGAGCGCGUCCAUGGAGACUUCCUGAGGCUGGACCAUGUUGAAGGAUACCUGGAAUUAUCAGCCAAAACAAAGACAUAUUUUUCGACAGCUGUUGCCUUGUGGGAUGCUGAAUUUUAUAUCAAAGUUGAUGAUGACGUCCAUGUAAAUUUAGCAACGCUUGGAAUGAUUUUAUCUAGACACCGUCUGAAACCCCGAGUCUACAUUGGCUGCAUGAAGUCAGGUCCAGUCCUUGCUCGAAAGGGAGUGAAAUACCAUGAGCCAGAGUUUUGGAAAUUUGGUGAGAUAGGAAACAAGUAUUUUCGGCAUGCUACGGGACAGUUAUAUGCUAUCUCAAAAGAUUUGGCAACUUACAUAUCAAUAAACCAGGAUGUGCUGCACAAAUAUGCCAAUGAAGAUGUUUCGUUGGGAUCUUGGUUUAUUGGUUUAGACGUAGAACAGGUGGACGAUAGAAGACUCUGCUGUGGUACCACGCCAGAUUGUAUGUGGAAGAAAAUGGCAGGCAACACCUGCGCUGCUUCAUUUGACUGGCGAUGCAGCGGGAUUUGUAAGUCUAUUGAGAGGAUGAUGGGCAUUCACGAGCACUGUGGUGAAGACAAGAAUGCUGUUUGGAGUGCAAGAUUUUCUCAGUAACUGGCUGAUGUUCAUCCAAUCUCAUGAGUGAUGUGCGGAUAGCCUGAAGAAGGCAUGCAGACGUGGUUUGUUCUUCUUUCCGGCUCGUUGUUGGUGAUAGAUGUAUGUAAUACCAAAUAUAGAAUGAUUCCACUGUUGUUGGGGGUGCCAUAAGCAUUAGUGCUCGUGAAAUUAACCCCAACGGCAGCUGGAAAGACUAAAGAGAUGAUGAGAUAGAUAUUUAACACCCCAUUCUUUUGAUGGCGGGGACCUAGAUUGUAAGUUCUCUGCCAUGGACACUAUGCCUCUUAACAAGUAGUAACCUUUAAAACCUACAGCAUUUGCUGCAUUUUGCUUUCAAAGCAAUAUUAUAAUAUUUGUUGCCUUCACUCUCA